CUUUUAACCUCUGGCUUGCCAGAGCUGUAAAGCGGAGUCGAGUAGCUGAGCCAAGUGGUUGGAACUUUGCUCGAGAGAUGGAAAGAGGUACGACGGGUCGCCCUCCUGAGAGUUUCGUGGGCCGGGACUCCUGGGUUCCUUUCUGUAAAGGGCGUGAGUAGACUCGAGAGUCCCUGGGCUCCGUUAGAAAAUAUAGGGGAAAGGGGCAGGGAACCCCGGAUUCUCUGGGAAGGUAGUGUUGCCUAGUGGGUUAGAAGCGGGGAUACUCUCUUGAAGAGCAAUCGGUUUGGGAGCCAGGACUCCUGGGUUCUCUGGACUACUGGGCUAGAACCACGGUGUGGAUAUUGGGGCGGUUCCUCGUCUGAUCUAGGAGCCGCCAGAGACUCAAGACUUCUGAGUCUGUUGGAAAGGAAGCGUGGACUAGUGGUUGAAGCCACAAUGACUGGGAGCUAGGAAAGGGAGUGUAGAGUAGUAAUGAGUUAGAAUCUGGUCGUGGGAACGUUUCUAGAGACCAGAGGAGACCUGCGGGCAGCCUGAGUUCUGUGCUCCCUGGGUUUGGCUGGGAGAGGAAGUGUGGAUUAGAAUUGCCUGUGGAUGACUAACUUGUGAGCAAAUGGGGUGAGCCAGGGAGAAGAGGCUGUAAACAGAAGUUAAUCACACACAAAAAAUCCAAAGGCAGAAGAUACCUGGUUAGGAAGGAAUUGAUGUCAGGCAGUGGGAGGCUGGCUAGCGCUGGAGGGAACUGCAUUCGCAAAGGGUACCUGCACACCUUCUGAACAUGUGCAUGUUCACACUUGCAGGGGAACAUGAGCAAAUGUAUCAAGAAGGGUCGUCCUGAAGGAUCCAGUCCCUUUUCGGAAGGCUAUUGGCUGUUUGGUAUUGGGCUGAAAGGUUCAUAUGUGUGUUUGUGUGCACAGUUCAGGAUUGUGUGGGUGAGCAGUGAUGCACAUGGCUGGUUCAUACAUAGGACACGUGAGUUUCACACAGUGAUGUGGGGACAGUCAGCUUCCCAAACCUUGGUUUCGUUCUGCGGAAAAAUCUCCUAAGUUGAUCAGUAACAAUUAACAGGUGCCGGUUGCAGUACAGUGGUACCUCAGGUUACAUAUGCUUCAGGUUACAUACUCUUCAGGUUACAGAUUCCGCGAACCCAGAAAUAGUGCUUCAGGUUAAGAACUUUGCUUCAGGAUGAGAACAGAAAUCCUGCUCUGGCGGUGCAGCAGCAGCAGGAAGCUCCACUAGCUAAAGUGAUGCUUCAGGUUAAGAACAGUUUCAGGUUAAGAACGGACCUCCGGAACCAAUUAAAUACUUAACCCGAGGUACCACUGUAUAGAUAUCGGGCAAGCUUGGCAGUUCUAGAGUUUUUUGCUUUGUUCACCAGAUACAAGUAAAUUAAACAUGCUGAAUUAAGUGACUCUCUAGAGCAUCAGAAAAUUUCCUCAGGCAUGUUACCUAAUUAGGCAAACUAGCCUAAUUAUCCAAUUCGAAAUUUCCCAGAAAAAUCCACAUCGCUGGUUGUGAAACAGUGUGCGCUUGUGUGGAAAAAUUCGGCAGAGUUUUGAGUGGUCUGUUAUUGGGCGGCAGUGCUGUUCAGAGGUGCGGAUUUUCCUGUAUUCCUGCUGUGUGCAUAUGUAAAAUCAUUGAUCUGCAUUUGGCAAGGCCCAUCCACUUUCCCUGGCAAAACCUGCUCAGUUGGGCACAAGCCUAUGCCUUUGAGGAUCACAUGGCGCACUGCAUGUUCAAAGCGUGUUCCAGGUCUCCAGGGCGCUUGGCGGGGGAAGGGUGCCGUGGAUCCUCCGCUUGUUAUAUAAAUCUGGAUUCCUGUUGCUGCUGAUUGAAUUGCAGUCAUGUGGUUUGUUGUCCCUGCUUGCCUAGUUAAUUGAUUUUUGUGUGUUUUGCUUUUGGUAUUGCGGCUCCUAUUGAUUUAUUUCUCUGUGUCUCUCUUUUAGUGCUGCUGGUGUUAAUUCAGCUGUCUUUUAAAAAAAUGAGGUUCGUUUACAAUGUUUUGAUACAUGAUCUGCUUUGAUUCCUUAUUCCUCCUUGAUUCUCUGCACACGCUAGACUUUGCUGUUUCCCCAGAGAAAUCGGAGAUCUGGCUUCUCUUCCCCUUACUAGUUCUCAACCUGUGGGUCCCCAGAUGCUGUUGGACUACAACUCCCAUCAUCCCUGACCACUGGUCAUGCGGGCUAGGAAUGAUGGGAGUUGUAGUCCAACAACAUCUGGGGACCCACAGAGAAAGGCUGUGUGGCUUAGAGAGUCCUGCAAAAUUGGACCAAAGUUCCAUCUAGCCCAGCAUCCUGUUUUCAAGGAUGCCUCCGGAACCCCUUAAGCAGGUCACAAAGGCAAGAGUUGUUCCCUGUUUGUCUCCAGAGAUAGCCUUCCCCUGAACGUGGAGGUUCUACUUAGCCGGCCUGGCUAAUUCAGCCUUUGGAUUCUACUGGGAGGAGUUACACAUGCUGUGCUUUAGCCUCAUGAAAGUGCUCCUGUCAGCAUGAAAUGCUUGUGUCAGAGGAAAGUCUACAGCUCUGCAACAGAGCAUCUGCUUUGCAUGCAGAAGAUUCCAGGUUUGUUCCCCAACAUCUUCAGGCCAGGCUGGGAACACCUUGGAGAGUCCCUGCAAGUCAGUGUAAACAGUUCUGAACUAGGUGGACCCAUGAUCUGACUCUGUAUUAGGCGCUUGUGGAAGGUGAGUGAGCUGUUCUACUCCCCCUUCUUAGCAGAUGGGGAAACUGAGGUCAGGAGGAAUCUUGCCUUCGAGGAAACCAGUGUGUCCUUGACCGAACAGGGAGUUGAAACCAGAGCUGAGCCGCCAUCUUUUUAUAGCAUCACCGAUGCAUGUCCCACUUAACAGAAUAGCAUGAGCAAAUCAAACAGACCCCUGCCCCAAGGAGCUUGCAGUCUUGCGUUGGACAUGCUGUUUGUUGUGCCAGAUCCGCCGCGCCUCACUGUGACUCCAAACACCUCCCUACUCAUCCCAGGAUCCAGCCAAACUCUUUCAUCCCAUCCUCAUCGCUAGACCUUCUCCACAUGUUAGCAUUUGGCGGGUUGCUGGACUUUUGGGUCUGAUCCCAGACGGGCUGCUCUUUUAACUCUCAGCAAUUUCCUACAAGGAAGCCCUUUUGGUGUACAAAAGCAGGUGCGUAGGCAAAACGCUGUGUGCAUAGGUGGCAGUUGUUGCAACUGAGCAGAGCUUUCUUCCACAGCUUGUUGGACCAGUCUCGAGGUGGCUCCUGGUUCCCAGUUCCUUAUUUGACACUGUAGCCUGAAUAAGAACAAGUUGCCAAACCCCUGCACCCCAGAAUAAGCUUUGGUCAUAACCUCCGUGAACAGGAGGUCCCCUCUCAGUUGUAUUUACACCCUGUGUAGCUGCCGAACUCUGGAGCAAUCUCUAGACACAGGAUUUCCCCGCUUCCCUUACAUGAAAGCAACUUGGAUAAAGUGGUUCUUGUAUUUCAGAGUCUAGAACCCAUUCAGAGAGUUCAGGAAUUACACCUAAAUUUCUUCGAGACACACACACACACACACACACACACACACAGCGUAAGAAGAUUCUGCUGGAUCAAGCCCAUCUAGUCUAGCAUUCUGUUCUCACACUGGCCAACCAGAUGUCUGUGGGAAGGUGGUGAGCCCAGGACCUGACUGGAACAGCCCUUUCUCCAUUUGUGAUUCCCAGUCAAAACCCAGUUUCCCUGAAACUCUUCGCUGUGGUCCAGGCCUAUGGUCUCCCUAUUCCCCUUUUUAUCCCAUCGUGGAUAGAGAUCAAUCAAUGAGUCACAUGGCAGUGCAUCGUUUUGCUGACGCAUCAGUGUGCGGGGGGACAGAAAGGAAGCAUUUCAGAUAACAGCAAAUUGAACAGCUAAGACCCUGAUAGCAGAAACAUCCAUGGGCGGAAAAUGCCAUUGACUUUAUGAAAUUGGAGCAGGAGCGGUUAGGAGGCAGCGCUCUCUGCUUCUCUGAUGAAGGUCCAAGUUUGCUGAAAGAGCAUUCACCCUCCUUUUUGCUUAUAUUUUCUAAAGGAACAAAAAGUCACGCACACGUUUCCAGUAAACUUAAGGAGAAAACUCUUCAUUUGUCUUGUUGAUUACUUUUUCCAGUACUCAAUAAAAACUCUCCUGUCCCAGUCCCUCAUGUCCCAGUCCCUCGUCCUCUGCCGCUGCCAAAAUCUCCCAUUAUUUGCUAAUUGUUAUCUUCUGGUCAUGUUACUGGCUGCUGUCGCCUUCACCCCCUUAAUCGACAAUUCUUUAUCAUUCCCCCAAUAUUUUGCCUCGCUCAGGCUCGUGGCUGGAAAAUGCCUUAAUUCGUUGUUGUUUUAAUCUAGUCUCAUUAUUGGAACAAUGUUUUCUAGCCUUGUUGGACGGAAGGGAGUUUCAGACUUCUGUGCAGCGGGGUUUCAGAAGGCCUUGAAGAUCUGCCCUUUCCAAUUGGCCUUCCAGGAGUGAUGUUUUCUUGGUUGGGCUGCGGCCAUGUUUUCCUGGCUUUCUUAUUCUCGUGAGGCGAUGGGCCAAGCUAUUUCUGGUUUUAAAAGGUCUGCGUUAACUGUUUUUCUUCUACUCCUUCUUGGCUUUAUGGCUGUAAGCCACCUUGGAUGGGCAUUGUCCCCCUCCCCAUGCCUAAAAAUAGUUUCAAAUAAAUGACAUUAUUUCUAAAUCAGAUGUGGGAUUGAGAAGUGGGCACCAGAGUGCGGUACGUAGGCCAGAUGUGGCCUGAUCCUUUAUGCCAUUGAGCCCCCUCCGUCGGCUCCAUCCUUCAAAUGUAAAUACAGUGGUACCUUGGGUUACAUACGCUUCAGGUUACAGACUCCACUAACCCAGAAAUAGUACCUCAGGUUAAGAACUUUGCUUCAGGAUGAGAACAGAAAUCGUGCGGCGGCAGCGGGAGGCCCCAUUAGCUAAAGUGGUACCUCAGGUUAAGAACAGUUUCAGGUUAAGAACGAAUUAAGUUCUUAACCCAAGGUACCACUGUAGUCCAAUAAGAGAGGCUGUGUGGUGUAGUGAGUGCUGAAGUACGACCUGAGAGACGAGGGUUCAAACCCUCCACUGGGCCAUGAAGCUCGCUGGGAGACCUUGGGUCAAUCACUGCCUCUCAGCCUAAUCUACCUCACAGGGUUGCUGUUGGGAUUAAAUGAGAUGGGGGAGAAUUUCGUAUGCCAUCUUGAGCUCCAUGGGGGGGCGGGGGGGCGGGAGAAGGUGGGAUAUAAAUGUAAUAAAUAAGAUGACCAGCAGAUUUCUCAAAUCCUCUGAACACUGUUUUUUGUUUUUGUUUUUAGCCAUGAUUUCAUUCCUAAAAUCUAAAUGUUAGGACUGCUAGCAAGACCAACCUUUUUAGCAAAUGCUCAGCCUUCUACCUGCUGUUCUAGCUUGAAGGCAACACACACGGCCCCUUGCACUUGCAGCCUGAACUGGCCAUUGUUCAUUCUUCCACCUCAGGAAUCUGCCACAAUAUUCUGGCGGGCUGUGUGUGUGCCCUACCCUGACAUACUAGGGCAUGGAGAAAUACUAACUUUCCUAAAGCCUUAUCUGAAUGAUGUUGCCAUUAGAUGAGGAGCAAAGAUGUCUGGUGGGGGUGGAAGAGGAGGAGGAGAAUAGCGGCUGCUGUCUCCUAUGAUUGCCCUCUUGUCUCUCCCCCCCAUUUUUUGUCUACUUCACUGUUAAACAUAAGCUUUGAACCUGAUGCUCAUAAAUAGAGAUAAAAAGUUCUUGACUCUGAGAUUUAUCGGUAUGUGCAACGACCUCCUUCACCCCUUGCGUCCCACAAUACGGACACAGAUCUGCCUCUCGAAAGGUUGUUUUUCUUAAAGCUGACUAAUCUUAGCAGGCGAUCACGCCUCCCCCUUUAAACCAUUCAUCUCCAAACUCCUCUCCUUUCAACUAGCCGUCCUUCUCCCAAUCUUCACUUUUUGUCUGUGCCCCCAUGGCUACAUCCAUCCAUCCACACUCUGGGAGGACUGCAGAUCUCCCUCCAUCUGACUGUCAGUGCAUAAACUCUAAAAAGAGGAUUCCUGUGGCAGAGAAGUAAGUCUGGGAGCUCCACCUGUUGAUCUUCAGCCCAGUCUUCCUUGAUCCCAGUUGCAUAAAGGGUAUACCUGAUGGCAAAGGGAAUACGUUCUGCACAAAAACAAGUGUGCUUCUAUAUUGUUGCACAGGGACGCAGGUGGCGCUGUGGGUUAAACCACAGAGCCUAGGGCUUGCCGAUCAGAAGGUCGGUGGUUCGAAUCCCUGCGGCAGGGUGAGCUCCCGUUGCUCGGUCCCUGCUCCUGCCAACCCAGCAGUUCGAAAGCACAUCAAAGUGCAAGUAGAUAAAUAGGUACCGCUGCGGCGGGAAGGUAAACGGCAUUUCCGUGUGCUGCUCUGGUUCGCCAGAAACGGCUUAGUCGUGCUGGCCACAUGACCCGGAAGCUGUACGCCGGCUCCUUUGGCCAAUAAAGCGAGAUGAGCGCCGCAACCCCAGAGUCGGCCAUGACUGGACCUAAUGGUUAGGGGUCCCUUUACCUUUAUAUUGUUGCACACUACAGAAGUUGAAAAUAAUCCCCUGGCUUGCUUAAUAAUAAUAAUAAUAAUAAUAAUAAUAUCCAUGCUUCAUCAGCACAUCCCACAAUGGGUUAAUGGUAUUUAAAAUUCAGAAUUAAAUGCAGCUGGAAGAUUAUAGUCACAGGUAUAGGGGGGUCCUGAAAACACACAUAUCAGGUGUCAAAGGCCAGGGUAAAGAGGUACAUUUAAGAUCAAGAUACCAGGGUUAUCUGGCUCAAAACUUGUUUUCAAUGCUGAUGGUCCCAGGAUUCUGUGGUGAUCAUCAGCCACAGGUUCGUGACAAAGAGGCAAGUGCCUCUGACCACCCAUAAUGCCUUGCACCGUAAAGUAACUGCAUUCAAAGUUUCUGACCCUCCUCCUGGCAACACCUGGAAUUAAAGAGAAGGCCGCAGGGUGCAAUUUUAUGGUAGGUUUGCCUCCUGUGACACAGAGUCCCUGCAAGAAGAGAGCCUGUGCUUCAGCAAGAGGAGCUGUAUUGCAAGCCCUCCCCUUACUGCUCUACUUUUCUGCUUGCGGGGAGCCUUUUACAUGGGACUUAGGAACCAGUAAGAUGGAGCAAUUCAUCUAUCCAUCACAUCUCUUAACACGUUCUCUCCUCAUAUGUAUGGUUCUAGCCUAUUGUUGUCUGCCAAUGAGAUGCACCUUAGGUGCCAAGGAAACUCUAAUUACGCCGAUAUGCUUAGAUUUUAUGAUGAGCAUGCUUUGCUUAAUUUUGAAGGUAGCAGUUGAGUUUUAUGCAAAAAUUGCACCCUCUACCAUCCACUGAGCAGUUAGAAUAAAUUGGGCAUAAGGAGACCUUUAGUGAAGGAAAAGGUGAUAGUGUAUAUAGCCUAGAAAAAUAGGAACCAUCAGCAAAACCAAUCAUGAGAGCAAGAAACCUUUUUUUUUAAUGAAUGUUGAGGUUUUAAAUUCUAAUUGCACAGAACCUACAGCCUUGGGUUUAUCUUUCUUAUCCAUACAUUAAUGCCCCCUACAGUCAUGUGGUACCCCACUCCUCCAUUCUUUCCAAUUGCAUCACCCUUCCUGGUUGUCUUUUGUGUCCCUAGCCACUCCAUUAUCUUUUCUGUUUGAUUUUCUGUGCAUAAGUUGUUGCUUCCUUAAUAUGGGAUAGCCCCAUGCCCCAAUAUAGCUUAGGGCAUCCUUUGCCCUCUCCAUCAGUCUUCUUCCAUCUCUCCCCCCCCGCAUCUUGUUCCCAGUUGUUCCCUUCUACCAUCCUCCACUUCAAUUUCCCUCUUUCCAUACCUCCUCGCUGUUGUUUUUUCAACAUGCCACUUUUGUUUUAAAGCCACAUGCUUCCUUUCUCAAAUUCCCUUCUUUGCAGCCCUCUGCUCUUUCACCAAUCCUCCCCAAUCCGGCGCUUAGCCUGGUUUCCAAACACGCCAACCAAGUCCGGAAGUUCAGGAAUGCAGUGAACUUUAUAAGGCAAUGGAGAGGCUUUUUGUGUUUUUCAAAUUUCCUCUCCCCUCUUCUUGGGACAAUAUUUUUUUUGGCUCCUGGAUCUCAAGCGUUUUUCCCCCCAUUUGGGGCUUGUGUCUCCUCCCCCCCCCACCUCUUUCUUUUCUUUGGGGCAAGCGGUGUGUUUGGUUUUGCUUGAGCUUCUGACAUCUACGAUUUCAUCUUUCUAAUGCAGGUAUAAAUAAAUAAAAUUCCGGGCCACCACCCAAGAAGGGAGGAGUGAAAACUCGUGACGAAGAAGAAGUGGGUGAAAGAGAGAGAGAGAGAAAGAGAGGAGUGUGAGAGGCGGACAAAUGAAAGGAGAGAGAAAAGAGGAAAUUUUGCUGGGGAUUUCUGAGAACUGUGAGCAAACUUCCCGGACCUAGCUAGACAAAAGUGGCGACAGGAUCCAACUGCAAAUAUCCAGGGAAGGAUAUACGCGUUUUGUAGCUCUGGUUCACUUGGCACUGCCUCUUGGCCGGAUCGGGGCGACUACAAAAGCAGGAAGAACGACCGGGACAGUCCUGUGAGUCACCCCGAGCUGUGGGGGAAAGGAAAAGGACGUUGGAGUGUUUUCUUUGCAAAGGUGAGUUUCGCUAGCACCUGGGAGAGCUUCUAAGCAAUGCUUUGUGCUGGCUGACAGCUCUCAGCCGACUGCUGCGAGUCAGAAGGCAAGAGAGCGCAGCAGGCUGUCUGGACUCCUGAGUUCCCGGAGACAGGAUUGCGGGGUCAGCAGGGAGUGGCUGCCAGACAGGGCCUUGUGGGCUCCCCCACAAGGCAGGGUGGGAUUUAGUGGUUUUGAGCCAGCCAGCAGGGAAGUAGGACUCCUGGUUCCUCUAACAGAGGACUGGGGUUUAGGAGCCAAGGCACAGGAAAUCUGGAAGAGGUGGGAAAAAGCUGCAGGGUUCCUGAGUUGGGUUGUGGGACUGGGGAGUGGGCUUGAGUGAGGUGGGCAGGUUUGGGUGGUUCUCUCCUCGAAAGGUGGGGUGGGUGGGUGGAGAUGGUCUUCAGCCCUUGGGUGCCUCAUCCCAGGAGAGGAGGGGGCGGGGAGGGAGAAGCCACCGUUUGGGUAGCAAAAGGGGUGUGUGUCUGGCAAGAGGAAUGAGUGAGUGGCCAUAAAUCAAAGAGUGGCUGGGCUGGGAGCAGGAGAGGGUGUUGCCUGGGGCUAAAGUAAAUAGGCCCCCUAGCCUGAGCUUCUUGGCAUGCUCUCCACAGGCAAUCAGAACUCCUGGCUUGCAGCUAAACUUCCCCUAUGCCCCCUUUCUUGACCCCCCUCCUAAAGAACCCAGGAGUCCUGGCUUUCCCCCACCCCUGUAAGCCUCCAGUCGGUGCAGGGUACCUGAUUUGCACCCAGCCCCACAUCAUGCUGUAGCCCCCCCAUAUCCCACCUCUCAGCCAGCAAACCCACACGUUCAAACACCCACGUUGGUUUCGCUGCCACCACAACAACCCAGUUAAAUCCUGUCCCUUUCCAAGAAGUGCCCUGGCUCCCAAGCCCUUCACUGGCACUUUGUAUUCACUUGAUCACUGUUCCGUUCCAGGGAACCCAGGUGUCCGGGCUAAAUGGCUCUGCCCCAUCACAUCACCCCUCCCCCUCCCCCGAUUCCCGAUCAUUUCCUCAACCUCGGCCACAUCUGAGCCUUUCAAAGGACUUCAUUUCAUUUACCAAAGGAAAUUCCGUCAUCGUACUCCGGGGCUCGUAACCAUAUCUGUCAUCCGCAGAGAAGGGAAACAUGGACGGGAAAGGAGGGAAUAGAUAUCUUCUCCCAAGAGGCUGGAGCAUAAGCCUCUCUGGGUUCGUGCCAGGACCAUGUCAGACCCCAGCCCUUCUGGAUCUCAGCUGUUCCCCGUCUCCCUGUUAAGUUAUUGCAUGCACAAUUGAUGAGUUAUAGUGCGUGCUCCCAAGAGUCCACUUUUGUUGGGGGGGGGGGCGGUAUUGUGGCAUUAUCCCCUGCUCUCCCCUCCCCACACCCCUUGCCUGAAAUCAGCCUUGCGUAGAGAAAACUUCCCCUCCACAAACUGCCCCCUGCUUCUUAUUAGCUAACUUGUCCUCACAGACUAUGUUGGUCAACCGGGGCAUUCAUAAAAAACAAACAAGUUAUAACGUUUUUCCUGCUAGUCGCCUGGAGGCGAGUCUGAAUUUGACACAGGUGACCAGGCGAGCAGCUCUUGGCAAGCUGAAUUCGUGAAUGCAAUCUCUUUUAUGCUUGGGAGAAUACUUCUCCCCCCCCCCCAAAACAAACCCGACUUCCAAUGUAGUUUUCCCAGUACUAUUCUGGUUGUUAUAUGUGCGCUGUUAGUGCAAGUGUUGCUUGAUAGAUCUCUCCUGGACUGCAGUUAAUGACACAAACACCACAGCUCUUUCCCAUCCACUGGUUACCUGCACCAUUUAGUGAUCUUCCGUUCUUCUGCUCUUUUAAAAGCCACCUUUUGAAUUUGUCUUCCUGCUCUGCCUGUCCCAGAACUUAGCUGUCUUCAUGUAAACUCUGGCUUAGAAGGAGGAGAGCAUACAUUUAACCAGGUUCAUGUUGACCAGGCUGGGCUUCCCAUCCUGCCAACUUUUGUAUCUCACCCCCCCAAAAAAAUAUCCAGUGGAGCAUUGCACUGUUGUUGCUGGCUCAGGGUUGGUGUUUAUCAUUUAUGGCCUUCGGGGUGGGAGAUAUGCCAGUUCAGGCAAAGAGCACUUUGGCAGAAGUUACACGGCGGAUGCAGCCACUUUGAAGCGGUCCGUUCACCAAAGCUGCCUUGGACUUCAACAUUGCUGAAGCUAAGCAGGGCUGGAUCUGGUGGAAAGAUCCACUUUGCAGCCCUGUCUAGUCUAGGCUGGGUUGUGUUCCAUAAAGUCCAGUAACUGUAGUGGUAAGUAAAACAUACACAGUGCAUUGCUGACUUAACCUAAGCAGUGAAGCUGGGUCUCUGCCCCAAGGGUUUUACAGUAUAGGCUUGACAGUGGGGAGAGGUAGCUAAGGGGACUAAGGGAUGGACAGAGUCAAGAAGAGAUGGCUGUGAGGGCCAUGCAACCAGAGCUCAACCUUAGAGCAAGAGGGGGGGGGCAUUUCAGCUUGGGGGCCACAUUCUCUGCUAUGGAGCCUUCCAGGGGCCACAUGCCAGUGGUGGGCGUGGCCCGGAGAGAAAGUGGGUGGAGCCAGUUUGCCACAUAACCCUCUCUUAUUCUCUUUCUAGGCUGGCAAGACGCAUUAUCAGAGUUCAAUGGCUCUCCAGCCAGGCAAAAACACAAAGGGGGGGUGCAAAAGAGGGCCGGUGAGGGGUGUGGCUUGGGGAGAGGGCCACGAAGAGAGGCCUGGAGGGACACAAUCAGCCUCUGGGCCUGAGCUGCCCUACAGACAUAUCUCAGUAUUUAUUUAUUUUUUAUGGAAUUUACUGACCUCCACAAAAACAUAUGUUGGUUUCCCCCCUGCUGCUUUUCCAGCAGAAAGCUGUGCCCAAAGCAGUUCGGAGCACGUAGGAAAAUAAGUGAAAGAAGCAAUGCAUAACGAAAGAGAAACCAUCAGCAUAUCUAACCACUCAGUAUAAUAAAAAAAAUAGUUGCGCCAAAUAUUGGCAGCUGCCUCCACAGUUGAGGGAUGCAUUUCUGAGGCAUGACGAAGAACCAGCAUUUUAUCUAAGUGUUGGUGGAACUGAGUGAGCGGGCAAGAUUUAGAACCAUUAGACUUUGUCUGUUAUUGUAGAUUUUUAAUGCACAUUUCGUGGGGUUUUUAAAAGUGAAAUUUCCCUUGUACGGAAAGGGCUCAGUCCUUCCCCAUUCCAGGUUUUUUUGGUACCUGAAGAGUUAAGAGCUGGCUAGGAGAUUGGCAGCCAGCUACCUUCCUGUGUUCUGCUGGAAGGGUGUGGUGUUGAGUGGCUGAGAGGAAGGGAUGCUGGCAGCCAGGACUCCUGGGUUCUUUUCUCUCCUUGCCUCCUAAUGUGUUUGGGUUUCUCUUUCUCUCCCACCUGUGCUGACUCGACUCUCCCUCCCUGCCCUUUUUUCCACUUCUGUCAGCGCUUUCUGAUCUUCGGAGCUUGCCGGCUUCCUUCUAACUUGGCCUCCACCUCCUCCGUGUUGUCCUCCUUCUCCUCCCCUCCCCAGUACUUGCCCAGACUAUGUCUCCUACCCCCAGCGCAGCUGCGUUGUUCCCCAUUAAAGCAUGAAUCAUCCCCGGCUCUUAGAUCAUCACACCUUAGAUCAUCACAUGCAAUAGGCAGGCAGCACCCAGGAGUCCCACCUUCCUGUGUGUAUCUCCAAAGCACCAUCCAUGUCAGGGCCAGCCCAAGACAUUUUGACACCUGAGGCGGACCCCAAUAUAGCUCCCCCCUCCCUGCCAUGGAAGAAGGGGGUUAAGGGAUGCAGGUGGAGCUGUGGGUUAAACCACUGAGCCUUGGGCUUGCCAAUCAGAAGGUCGGUGGUUCGAAUCCCCACGACGGGGUGAGCUCCCGUUGCUCGGUCCCUGCUUCUGCCAACCUAGCGGUUCGAAAGCACGUCAAAGUGCAAGUAGAUAAAUAGGUACCGCUCCGGCGGGAAGGUAAACGGCGUUUCCGUGCACUGCUCUGGUUCGCCAGAAGCGGCUUAGUCAUGCUGGCCACAUGACCCGGAAGCUGUCUGCGAACAAACGCCAGCUCCCUCGGCCAGUAAAGCGAGAUGAGCGCCACAACCCCAGAGUCGUCCACAACUGAACUUAACGGUCAGGGGCUCCUUUACCUUUACCUUACAUCGAGAACAGGGGGGGUGGGGAGAAGGAUCAAUGUCAGGAUUUGCUCCCCCAGUGAACACUGCCGCUCAUGGGUGAGCCAGCCCUUCUUUACAAAAUCAUUUUUAUUUGAUUUUACCAAUAUAAAAUUAUAACAAUCCAAAUGCUUAUCCACAUAUAGAGAUUACUCGGAAUCUCAAGACUUCCCACCACCCCCUUCAUGGGUCCUAUUGUCAGCAUUUACAACUGCAUAUUAUUCGAUAAUCUACAUUUUAUAUCAGUCCAUAUUGCCCAUAAUAUUUGUUACGUUACAAGUGAGAUUAAAAUUCUGCUAAUGUUUUCCUCUGCUUGCAAUGGUCUCUUAAAUAGAUUAUAAAUUUUCCCCAUUCCUUUUUAAAGAUUUUGUCCUCUUGGUUCCUGAGCUUUAUGGUCAGCGUUGCCAUUUCUGCUUAGUCCGUCAGCUUAGCUUGCCAUUCCUCCCUGAUAGGGACCCUUUCUUCUUUCCAUCUCUGGGCUAGUAGCACAUGGGUGAGCCAGCCUUGAUCCAUGUGUCUGGCACAGUACAGAGUACGAAAACAGGUAGGUCUUUCCUCUGAGGCACUUAAAAGUUGGACAAGAGGGAAAUUGAGGUAAACAGGGAGAGAAUGUGUUCCCUUCAGCUACCCACUCUGGGGCUCGGUCCCCAGGCGGUACUGAUUUCUCCCAUGCUUAAAUCUGUGGUGUCCCGAUGAUCCCAUUAUCUUCAGCUGUGAUCCUAACUAAACCCCACUUGUCUUUCAUUUCUCGGCCUCUCGGUUAAGAUCAAGUGUAGUAGCCAAAGAUUUCCAGUCCCUGUCUUUUCCAUUUUAGCAGUCCCCACCAGGGCCGGAUUUAGGUUUGAUGAGGCCCUAAGCUACUGAAGGUCCUUUAUACGUCCAGCUGUCCUUUGUCAGCAACAAAUUGUCGCUUUUUGUGUGUUGAAUAUAUGCUAUAUGGUAAUUUAUGGACCUAAUAGGUAUCUAAAGCCAUUUGCCAUGCAACCAGUCCAUGCAGAAUGUAGGCACCCUAUAUAUAGAAAUGAGCAAACCAGUGAUAUUUUAGAGAGCAGGCUAGCAGGCGGGGCCCAUUACUUACAUCAUAGGAGCCUACACAACACAAAACACUGUUUCUGUUAUGUAGGUUUUAUUUUAUUUGUUUUUUAUCAUAUAUUUUGGAAAUGUACAUCCAGGUUUCUUUUUCCUUUAAUUUUUUUGGGGGGCUCCCACUUGGGGCCCUAAGCUAUACCUCGUUUAGCUUAUAUGUAAAUCCAGCACUGGUCCCCACCCUUUUCCUCCAUGUUCCACACCCCCAACCUUCUCCUUCUCUUAAGGAACCCAGGAGUCCUGAGUCCCAGCUCCCAUGGCAACCUAGGCGUUCCUUGUUCUAGGAACGGGUUGAACAAGUUGCUGUCCUCUGGACUGCAAGAGUGGGAGCUCAGCACCCUACGCUGGGGCAGGAACAGUUCCCGCCGUCACUCAUCCCAGGCUCUGCUUCUGAAAUCUCAGCCAGGAGCUGGGGAACGAGGGAAGGAGCCUCUGGUCCCUACCCUUAGUGCCAGUGGAGUGAAGUGGAUUGAUCAAGGAUACAGACCUGGGUUUAAACCUCUACUUGGUAAUAGCCUCAGAAUAAGUAGCAAAUUCUGUGUGGCCUACCUUGCAGAAUUGUUGUGCAAAUAAACUGGGCUAGCCCUCCAUUGAGCUUUUUGGAAGGAGGGGCAGGAUACGAAUCUGACAGAGAUGAGGCAGCCGCCAAGACAACCGCGAAUUCUAUAUAGUUUUAAAAAUAAUGAUUAUGGGGGGGGGGAAUGAAAAGGGGUUUUCAAUGUGUGUCUCCACAAAGCCCUGUAUGGUAGACCACUGUUUCCAUUUUGUGACUGGGGACCAAGAUGGGCGAGUGAGUUGCCUAAGGUCAAGUGAGGAAUCUGUAGCAGAGGCUGGGAGCGCUCAGAUCCAUGUAUCGCAGGCCUUGACGGACCGACUAUGCUGGCUCCGUUGGGAAGCUUCCAGCCCUUUCUCCUCUCACACAUUUCUCUUUCUCUCCUCCCCCCCCGCAGAUGCCCAUCCUCAAGCAGUCCCCUGUCUCCCACUCCAAGAAGCGGCCGCGUUUGGACCGGGCCAUGAUCAGCGCCCCCUUGGGCGAUUUCCGGCACACGAUGCACAUCGGCCGCGGCGGAGAUGCUUUUGGCGACACGUCUUUCCUCAGCAACCACGGGGGCUCCAAGGCCAACGGGCUGCCUCCCGAUGUGUCCCCUGGGGCCUUCUCUAGCCCUGGAGAUGCCCGCUUUGAACUGUUGUCUCCACCCGGGAGCGGGAACGGCAUAGUUCAGAGCCCGGCGACAUCGACCCCGGAUGGCAGCUUCGUGGCCCUGCAGACCCCGGAGAAGGCAGAGCGGCAGAAGCCCUCUAACGGAAGGGACUGGGACCUGCCCCAGAAGUUCUCCUUGGAGAGCCCCACAUUGGAACAUGCCGAAUCCCUCCUCUCUUUCCAGUUGGACUUGGGGCCUUCCAUCUUGGACGAUGUGCUGGGAGUGAUGGACAAAGACUGGGACAGCAUCAGAGGGCAGGAACAGGAACCGCUGAGGGUCGAAAGCUCCAGCCCAAAGGGGCACCUCCAUCGCGGUGGUGAAGAAGACGUGGAGGAGCAGGAGGAGGAAGAAGAGGAGGAGGAGGAGGACGAAGGGCAGGGCUACAGUUUUGAGGAUGAACAGGAUGAAGAGAUUGGACUAUAGGAAAGAAGAAGGGUGGUAUUGGUUUUGAUCGCUUUGGUUUCUCUAGCUGCCCCCCACCCCAGCACUCCUCUUGCCCUCUUUUUGGCAGAAUUUCUCAGCCCCUCUGAUGUGAGUUGGUCUAUGGGCCAAAUGUUGUCUUCAGAUGACUGCUGGUUGACCCAUCCCAAAGAGCCACUGAUCUCAAAUCUCUCAUGGUUGCGUUCAAGAGGAAAAUGGACAGGGGCAGGCAGGCAGGCUGCACCUCCAGUGUGAUUCUUGCUGUCUCCCUUCUCUUGUGAGAGAAAAGCACUGUGCAACUGAGAAACGCACACACUGACCAAUUAUUGUACUCUCCCUAGGCAUGGGAUGAUACAGAUAUUUUGAUGCACUAAAAAAUGCAUCUUGGUUAUAAGGCGUCUCAGAAUCCAAGGUUGUGCACCACUGAUACCAUCUUUGUCUCACCUUCCACUUCUCUGUUGUUUUAGGCAACCAUCCAUCAGGCUACCUUGCCAAGGACGAUUCCAUCUCCUGCGCUUGUACUGUUGGUUUCUGUCUCUAAACCUGAAACUGUUUUUUGAGAGUGCUGGAAGGACAGGCAGGUUGGAAAUAAAUUGGCAUGUUAAUGGAAGGAUGGAGGGAAUGAGGAUGCACAGAUAUUCUGAUGUACCUGUCCAGCUAUUUAGCCAAUAAUUAUAUUGUUCUAUUACCCCACUAGCAUAUUUAGCAGUGUGAAGUUAUCCCUGUUUAUUUGCUGCCCACCAUUUGCUUUUCAUCUCAUCCACUCCUUGACCCUGGUGCUUUUCUGUCUGUCCAGAUACCCAUUCACUGGCUACUUCUUUCUCUUCAUUCAGUACAUCAGUGUAUCUGUAUAUCCAGCAGCAGCAGGACUGACAAAACUGCAAGGCCUCCCUGAUAAUUGGGGAGAGUGAAGAGGCUGCUUCAGGCAGCAGAUGCUGAGAGACAGAAGCUGCAGGCCUUGGCUAUUCCUCCUGAGCCAGCAGACAUCCCCCCCUGUGUUGCCAUGUGACCUGCCCUGAGCGCCUUAAUCCAGCUUGUUCCCUUGGGGUGGUGAAGGAUCCCAUCUCAUCAUCAGCACCGAAGUAGAAAUAAACUGCAAGUCAAGUUGGCUUCUGUACGGGGUGGAGUGGAGCCGCCAAUGUUUGCCUCAGCAAAGGAAGACAAUGUAGGGCAAGGCUUCCCAAACUUGGAUUCUCUAGCUGUUUUUUUGGGCUACAACUCCCAUCAUCCCUAGCUAGCAGGACCAGUGUUGAGGGAUGAUGGGAACUAGUCCAAAAAGAAGCUGGAGACCCAAGUUUGGGGAACUCUGAUGUAGGGGAAGGAAGACAAUGGAAGCUGUUGGAGAGGAAGUUGAGGGCAAUGGGUCUGCUGUUUAAGGUGAAAGAAAGCAGAGGAGCUUUCUCACCUCCUGUCUCAAAGGGCCAGUCAAGAAAUUAUGGGAUGGAUGAAGGAAAGAGGAAUGACUUGGGCGUAAUGUGAACUGAUGGUUGAGCAAAAGUGUAAACAAUUUACAGUUCUUGGAAUUGUUGGGCAAUUCACUUAGUCACUGAUGGUGGCUGUAACAAUUGCCUGCAGGCAACUAAGCAGAAAUGAGUUUCUGAUGGUAAGAAAGGUGUGGGUUCCCAACCCCCCACCUCACCCCAUUCUUCAGUCGACCAAAGUACCAAAAUGACUAACAAAGAUACAUGUGGGAAAGUGUGUUUACAUUCUCUGUGUAUAUCUGUGCACGCGCACACGUCUCAUUAGUAGCUUUUUGUAAACCUAUUUGCCAAUGGCCAAACUGGGAAAUGCACAACUGAAAAAAUAGCACACAAUCUUUUAUUUUUUAUUUUUUUCGGUUGUUGCCGUUUAAAGCUAUAAUGGGAUCAGGGUUGCAUCAACAGAUCACCUCUCAAUCAAACAUGAACUGGACAGCCUUCUAAAUUAGGUGCUUUAAAAGCUGGAUACAAUUUAGUGGGCUAGAGAGGAUAAUAACUGGAGGGGAAUCUACUGGCUGAUACUGACAGACCUUUUUAAAAAAAUUAAAAAACCCCACAACAAAUCAAAAGGCCAGAUCCCCAACCAUCCCCUAAUCAUCUGUCCUUUCAUCCCUCUGUUAAAAAUAACAUUCUUAUAGAUGUUCUUGCCUUCCUAAACUCUCCUGCAUGGAUAUUGUUGGCAGAAAUCUGUUUUAAUUUGUGUCUUGUGUCUUGUCUCCUGAGCACAAUAUCAGCUGGUCUGUGGUGAGAAGUUAAGCUACCCCUUUACCAAAUCACCAGUUGUCUCUCUUGUUCUGUCUUUCCCACGUCUUCCUCUGGUGCCAACGACGACCUUUUCUUCGUAAGCUUGCUAAUCCAUCAUCAAACUCCUGUUACAGUGAGAUAAAUAACGCAGCAAGACAGCUUUAAGAGCUGGGAAACGAUUGCUUUUUUAUUUCCCUAGGUGCUUGCGGGUGUUUGUUUCUUACUGUGUAACUUUUGCCAGAUUCGUUAAUCACAGUUGAAAAGGUGUAACUGGAUUGUACGGUGCCCUUCUAUGCAGAGUUCUUAACCUGCUGGGACAAAAUCGGUAGUUUGCAUUGCCCCAAUGGGAUUUUGCCGCUUCUUAAUCUUCCCACAUAAUGGGGACAAGGCUCCACUGUGUCAGUAAGAAAACUGGAUGGUGGUGGCUUGUACGUUCUCACUGUCAACUCUGGGGCUAAUAGCUCGUAUCUCUGGAUGGCCCUCUUCGGGUGACAUUUUUUCCUACACAGAUCUCUGUGCUCUUGUUAGUGAAAUGGUGAUUUUGAAAGAAGUAGGAAUAGAUGGGCUGUUCUUUAAUAUCACCACCAUGAACUGCACUUGUUAUGGCGUUUUCUUGCCAUGUGCGGUGAUAAGAUUUGCUUUUUAAUGUAUACAGCAGACCUACAACUUAUUCCGGGGAUCGUGCAUAAACCGAAAAUCACACAUAGUCAAAACACAUUGGGUGCAAUAGCUGGUGGAAUUGCCAAAGUUCCCCCCACCAAUGCCUCCCUUUUAACAUCUUUCCCCACCAAGUGCAUAAAAGAAAGGGGGGGGAGCAAGUUAAAUGUGCAUAAAUUGCAGGUCUAGUGUACUGCAUCUCCCAGCAAGGAGCUACUUUAAAAGGGGAAGGGAUGAUUGUGAGGCUGGGGCUCAUUGCCACAUAAUUGGUGUGCAAUGUGGUCUUUUGGUGGAUGGUGAGGGGGAACCUAGAGCUAUCCAAGCCUCUCCAUCUGGGAAAGGAGGGGAGGUUUUAAUAUGUUAAGGAGCUCAAAGGAAUUCAGUUGAGUUUCCCAGAAACUGAGUAGAGUCGAGUCAGUCGGGAGGGAAGCUCCGAUCCCCUAGGAUGUCUAGACAGAGAAGUGCAAUUUCUGGCCCACCACAUGUUUGGACUCUGGCAUCAUGGCCAGAGAAAAUGGGAGUUGUAGUUCAGUAACAUCUGGAGGGCCGCCAGUUCCCACUCAGUCUAAAACGCUCAGUCUCUGCUGGAGUUGUUUUGGGGUGAGGAGGUAGAGGACCCAUAAUCAGACCCUCAAGCUCCACCUCCUUCUCUUGAAAAUCUUAGCCAUAUAAUGCCCCACAGUGGCCACCUAAAACCAGAAUCUGAGGUCUGUCACAGAAAGCAGAGGGUAGAAUCCCCAUGACCCUCUAUAAUGAGCUCUGACUGCUUGGGUUUGCUGGGUGCAAUCUGCAGCCGCCAUUUAUGGGGGCUGCUCAAACACAUUGGUCUUCAGUGAAUAUGCACUGGGACCCAAAAGAGCAGUGGUUUGCUGGAGGAGGAGGAGGAGGAGGCAAGUAGAAAGAUGGGUGGGGUGGAAAAGAAGGGGGAGAGAGGGGGGAAGUAUAUCUACGCUACCAUCUAAUAAAUUUAUUCCAAAGCUUGUUUCACUUCAAUAGCUUCCCCACUCCCCAAUCCUGGCAACUGUAAUAAAGUGUUGAUUGAUUGUUGUUUUGUGUGUGAGGGGGGAAUUACCUCUGUAGGACUUCUCUACCCAACACCAUGUACACUACAACUCCCAGGGGCUCCCUGGGGAAAAGGAACUACUGUUAAACCACCCUAUCUGCAAUGUGGAUUUGCUCCAGAGAGAGAAGGGGGGUCGUGCACAUCCUGAAAAUUGCGCAGGACAAAGCGAAAGCUGGGACCAGAGUUGGAGAAGGUUGUGGUUGUAGGAGACCGAGGAGCCUUUUAAUUGGAGAGCUGGAAUUCCUGUGGAUUCCUUCUCUGAAGGGAGUGGGCAGUUCAUUGGUUUUAAAAUAUGUUUCCUGUUUUAUGCCUUAACUUAUUGCGUAACCUCAAGUUGUUGUCCUCUCUCACUGUGGACUCUCUCUCUUUUUUUAAAAAAGGGAAAUGUGAAAAAUGAUUUCCUGCAGUGACCGUGUGUCUCUUGAUAUAUAUAUAUAUAUAUAUAUAUAUAUAUAUAUAUAUGUCAUUCUAAGCAUGCAUGAACAAGGUCCAGCCACAGACUGCAAGAGAGAUGAGGGCUGGACUCUGAUCUCUGUUCCCUUUGGGAGGGCAAAAGCUUUCGUUGUUAUCCUCAUUUAUUCACCCCACCCCCCCAGAUCUAAGCCUGAACUCUAGGUCAUAGAUGUCGCUGCCUUUUCACAAUCCCUUUGAUCAAGGCAGCAAGAGGGUUCUAUAUGUACAUUUAUUAUUUUAUAAUAGCUCAUUUUAUGGAUUCCUGUGUAAGAAAAUGUCUAUGUAGCAUCUCCCCCUUCUCAAAAUCAUGUUAAUUUUUAUCCUACGUAGCAGAAUAUUUGUACAGCGACCAAAGUGUUUGAUAUCUCUUGUAAUUAAAAGCAAACUAGUUUCGGA